AUGGUGGGUAUCGCCGGCCGCGCCGGGGAAAGGGCCCGGCCCGGCGGGCCGAGAGAGGCGCAGGGCGACGCGCAGGUUUCCGGCCGCGCGGCUCUGCCCAGCGGGCCGGGAGGCCGGCGCGGGCUGGUGGCUGUGGCGGCCCCCGCGGUGGCGCCGGUGGCACUCGCCACUCCGGGUCCGGAGGGGACGCGGGGGCGCGCCUGCCGCCGGCCGGGCCGGGCGAUGGCGGGACGGCGAGCGCGCGGCGAGGUGGCGCUGGGCGGCGGCCCCGGACUGUGGGGCCUCGGGGCCUCUGCGGUGCUAAAGCCUCCUGAACUGACGGUACAACUGACGUUUUGUUGGUGCUUUUUACAGGGGACACCGCAAAAGGAUGUUAUAAUAAAACCCGAUGCUCCAAGCACAUUACUUUCGGAGAAACACGCGGACUAUAUAGCCUCAUAUGGAACAAAGAAAGAUGAUUAUGAAUACUGUAUGUCGGAGUAUUUGAGGAUGAGUGGUGUUUACUGGGGGCUGACAGCAAUGGAUCUCAUGGGGCAGCUGCACCGAAUGAACAAAGAAGAAAUUCUGGCAUUCAUCAGAUCAUGUCAACAUGAAUGUGGUGGAAUAAGUGCCAGCGUAGGUCAUGAUCCUCAUCUUCUGUAUACCCUCAGUGCUGUCCAGAUUCUUAUCUUAUAUGAUAGUCUCCAUGUUGUUGAUGUAAAUAAAAUUGUUGAAUAUAUACAGAACUUGCAAAAAGAAGAUGGAUCAUUUGCUGGAGACAAAUGGGGAGAAAUAGAUACAAGGUUCUCCUUCUGUGCUGCAGCAACUCUUGCACUUCUGGGAAAGCUGGACGCUAUUGAUGUGGGGAAAGCAGUAGAAUUCGUUUUGUCAUGUAUGAACUUCGAUGGAGGAUUUGGUUGUAGACCAGGUUCCGAAUCACAUGCAGGACAGAUCUAUUGUUGCACAGGAUUUCUGGCUAUAACAGACCAGUUGCAUCAAAUAAAUGUUGACUUGCUGGGUUGGUGGCUUUGUGAACGUCAGUUACCUUCUGGAGGUCUCAACGGACGACCAGAGAAGUUACCUGAUGUAUGUUAUUCGUGGUGGGUGCUAGCAUCCUUGAAGAUGAUCGGUAGGUUACAUUGGAUUGACAGAGAGAAACUGCGCUGCUUUAUUUUGGCUUGCCAGGAUGAGGAGACUGGAGGAUUUGCUGACAGACCAGGAGAUAUGGUGGAUCCAUUUCACACCUUAUUUGGAAUUGCUGGACUAUCUUUAUUAGGAGAAGAACAAAUUAAGGCCGUCAAUCCUGUCUUUUGUAUGCCAGAAGAUGUCCUUCGAAGAAUAAAUGUACAGCCUGAGCUUGUGAGCUAAGCCUCGUAGAGACAAAAGGUUGAUAUGACCAGUUGCUUUGGUUUUACUGAUUUAAGUAAUCUCAUCUCUGAAACUGUUAGCAUAUUCUUCGUUGAGAUGUGUUUACAUUAUGAAAGUAAAGCAAUAGCUUUACUGUGGGCUUUGUCACUUUGUAAACUGUAUCAGAACAGGCUGGCUCUAAUAAUCUGAGUGUAACAUGUUCUUUGGUUGUAUAUAAGAGAUGUAGAAACAUUUCUAAUCUGUAUCUAAAUAUAUGGGCCUUUGCAUUUUUUUUUUUGAAUAUUCAAAUCAAAGCAAUAGUGUGAAUGCUUAAUUUUUGUAUUCCUGUGAUAUCAACCAUGCUAGCGUCUGUCUUUACACAAGCAUGUUUUGAUGGUGGAUCACACAAAGCACUUGAAUGUGAAAAAAAACCCAAACAAAACCCUGCUUAAGCCAUGCACUUAAUGCCACACACUUGUGUAUUUAAUUUUUCCUGUUCACGUUUGCCAUCACUUCUAUAUACUGAGAAACAAGCUUUUUCUUCUGAUAGUAACUGAUACCAGUGAAAACAAAAAUUAUGGUUCCAUUAAGUAUAUAAGUGUCUUAAUUUAUUGAUGAGUCCCUUAGACAAAAUUUCGCUGAUAUUUGAAAGAGAGCAUACCUUGAGUAUGUAUAGUAAAACUUGUUAACAUUAAGCAUUCUAGAGAAGGUCUCUAUAGGACAGUGACUUGUAACUGAAUAUAGAGUUGAUCCUAAAUUUGUUGCUGGGUUGAAAUCCUGCUUUCGUAGCUUUUAAGACAAUAAUUGCCAACACUUGAUUAUGGUGUAAUUGAGAAUAAAACUAGCCGUGGAAGAUACUUGUUCUCUGAAGGAUGAAGUCCUCUUUGUCUUCACAGAAGCCCUAAAAUUGCCUCUUAAUUUACAUUCCACACACCCUGGCUGAGACUGAAUGGUAUUCCAGUUGAAAUAUACAGUAAAAGGUAAUCAUGAAAGGGAAGAAGUCUUUGAUAAUCUCUAUACUUACGCUUACGGAAAGUCUAAAGUUGUUUCAAACACAGUUUUAAAAGCCAGCUGGUUAGUUCUAUCCAGCCUAUUUGUGUUAGUAGGGAGUAAGCUAGAACUGGACAAAGUAACCUUUUGGUAGACCUUUACUUGUAGAGAAUUUCAAAGAGAGAAUGUGUAUUUCAAUGCUCAAGUACUUCUAAUGAAUUUUUUAAGCCUUUUCUACAGGCUUUUAGAUACGGUAAAAACCCUGCUCUUUUUAGCUGUCCAGUUGCCUGAUGAAUUCUUUGGUCAAAGUGUGGCAUUAAUUUCUUUUUCAGGGUUUGGAAAGAAGUUACAGUAGGCUUUGUGUUGAGUGCGAGGGAAUGAGAGCAGUGAUCAGGUUCUAUCUAACUGUCAAGUUUAACAGAAAAUUCUAAAAUAAAUUUUUCUCAUUCCAGGUUACCUUUGCAAGUGCCACUUCUUUUCAUCUAAGGAAACACUGUUCAGUACAUAGGAAUUUGCCAUUUUUUCCACGUUGUGUAGACAAAAUAGAAUCCGCUUCAGAAUAUCUAGUCUAGUAUAGACUGAGACACCCUGGGAAUUAAUAUGUGGGUGAUACUGCAUGACAGUGUAGAACAUUUCACUGUAGGUUGAAUUCCUAUUAAUAUUAUUGGAGUUUUUCUCUGAAGGAGGUCUGGUCAACUUCAUUUCCCAAGUCAGCUGUGAUUUGUAAAGGUCUUAUAAGAUUAUAGGUUAAAAAAGGGGUGAGUAUGUGUAGAAACUAAAAAUUUCCUAAGGAUAUUCUUCCAUUCUUUACGUCAGUUUUUUAAAAUACUGUGUUCGUAGAAAGAGAGUCAUCACAAUUUUUCUUAGGCAAACAAAAUCACAUUUUCUGUUAAAUGUACUGUGAAAAAAAUUAGUUGCCCAGUGUGUCUGUGUUAAGACUUAUGUCAUUUUGGUGCAGAAUACAUUGUUACUGUCUACCUCUAUUUUGUUAAAAGUACUGAUAAGAUUUUUUUUCUGAGCUUAUGUAGUUAGAAACUUUGCAGUAAUUAAUUUACUGUUCUCAGUCUUCAGUUACAGGUCCUUUAUUAAAGGCUUUCAGAAAUUUGUACUUCAACUUUUUUUCCCAUGGAAAUCUUUUAUAUGGAAACAUCCUGACAUUAUCUUAGUACUUGAUCUUAAGUACUGUAGUGUAGCCAACAUUCCCAGCAAUAAAUUUUGCAAGAUGCUGUAUGAGAAUUUGUGAAAGAAUAAUGAAUAAUUCAGGUACAUAAAAUUGUGUGUCUGUAGAUAUGUUUAUUAAAAGAAAAUCUGUGUGUGCGUGUGUGUGUGCGUGUGUGUGCGAAAUCAACAGCAGUUCUAUUACCUCUGGACUUGACCAUGUUUAGAAGGUAUGGGCUUUAUUCCAAACAUGCUUCCUUUCCGUUUUGUUGAGACAGCGCGUUAGGCGAAUUCAGCCUUUGAUUUGUGACUGUAAGGAAGGACGGAAGGUGGAAGAUGGAUAUUCCUUUUCUUUCUGCUUUUCUUGCCAUACACUUGGAUCUCUGUCAAAGAAGAGAAGGUCUAACACCAGCUUCAGGAGUCUGAAUGCAUAUGGAAAGUUCAAUGUAGGACUUGAAAUUCAGGACAGUGGCAGUCACUGGAAUCGGCACCUGCUGUCUUCCAUCCUUCGCUGUGCAGUGAAACUGAAGUUUCUGAUGCUCAAAUUUUUAAAGGUGUCUGACUGGUGAUGCUCAGUGCUGAGAGAGCACAUGCCUGUUCUGAACUAGGAGGCUGGGGGCAGUUCCUUUCAGAUGUCAGCUGAGGAGCUGCAACUGAUAGUAUUUCUGUGGUGAAGUUGAACAGCCAUCGAACUACAGCUGUCCACAAAGAGUUGUAGCCUAGUAAAGGCUGGCUUCAGUUUGGAGUGUGUUUUAAUGCAGACGUAUUAAAUUCUGGAGACAAAAUGUUGUCUAGUCAAAAUGUUAAUUGAAACAGUUUUAGUGGUGUAUAUUACAUGCUAAUAUACAAAGCAGUGUUACAGUGUUCCAAAACAUGCAUAGAAGGACAUCUAUUUAAGACAAAUCUAGAUGUAAACAAGCUUUAUGGUUUUUAUUGGGAUCUUUUGCUAUCUAAACUCUUGAGCAGGGGGAAAACAUCUGUGAAGCUCCUGCCAGAACAGUCUCUGUUGAAGAAUGAAUGUGGGACAAGUUAUGUUUAAGUGCUUUACUCCUGUUUUAAAGAGCAUAGCAAACCAUUUCUUUGCAUUCCUGCGUCGCCCUCUUAUUGUCUGUAAUUGCGUACUUAUAAUGAAACUUGUUGCAUGUC